AUGUGCAUUCCUUCAGCCCUCCUCAUGGCCUCGGUUGAUGACCGGCCGUCUGACGACCGGCCGUCUAUCCCUGCCCUCCAUCCGCCUCGGCCCUCCCCGUGGCGCCUCCUCCGUCAGUCCCCCACGCUCUUCCUCGCGCGUCUCCUCUACCCCUACCGAGCAACUGCCGCUGCUCCCCUCAUCUCCUCCUCCUCCUCCUCCUCCUCCCCCGCCUCCGCCUCCUCCAUCUCCGUCGUCUGCAUCUCCGACACGCACAACACCCAACCCCCCGUCCCCGACGGCGACCUCCUCCUGCACGCCGGCAACCUCACCGUCCGCGGCACCCUCGCCGAGCUCCGCGCCCAGGUCGCCUGGCUCGCCUCCCUCCCGCACCCUCACAAGGUCGUCAUCGCCGGCAACCACGACCUCUGCCUCGACGCUGCCUUUCUCGCGCGCUCCCCCCCCCCUCCCGAGGAUGACGGCGCUCCGCUGCCAGACUGGGCCGGCGCGGGCAUCACGUACCUCGACGGCGCGGCCGCCACGCUGACCCUCCGCGGCGGUCGCACCCUCACCGUGUACGGCUCCCCGCUGACGCCCGCCUUUGGGCGCUGGGCCUUCCAGCAUCACCACCACCACCGCCACCCUGCCUCCGCGUGGCCCGGCGGCCCGGCGACCCCCGGCGUGGACGUGCUGCUGACCCACGGCCCGCCGCGGGGCCUCCUCGACGGCGACGGUCGGGGAUGCCCGCUGCUCCGGAGGGAGGUGGCGAGGGCGCGUCCGCGGCUGCUGGUCUGCGGACACGUGCAUGCCGGGCGCGGGGUGGCGACGCUGCGGCACGACCGGUUCCAGGCGGCGCAUGACGAGGUCGAGCAGGAGGGGGGGGGAGCGGCGCGUGGCUCGCGGUGCUGCUGGUCUGGUGGUUUGUCGUCGGGCACCUGGGGCGGCCAUUUGUGA